UUGAAAAGUUGCAAUAACAACAUAAAAACACCUGACUUGAUACAUAUUAUUUUGGGUUUCCACAUUUUGUUGUUAUUAUUGUUAUUCUGAAGUCACCAUGUUUGAAGACUUGACGCCAAUUUGGGGCCUUCUUCUAAUAGGAUGCAUUCAAUUCAAGGUCAUGUACGCGGCCAGUGUUGGUAAUGAAAAUCCUCUGAUUCUAUCCACAAAUGAAUGCCUCCUUACAGAGCCUGUCUAUGGACAUAAAUUCGAUUUUAGUGCCUUACAUUCAGAUUUUGCCCAUCUUACACGCAGCGAUUUGGGUGAUACUUUUGAGUUUAAUAUAUGUGGGAAUAUAACACGUAAUUGCAAUGGCCGCUCUGAUGUUGCUGCUUGUCUCAAGAGAUCCGACCAAAAGGAAUAUGUAUUGGGUACUCAACAUCAAUUGAACUAUCACAAUGGAAAAAUGUAUUUUAGUUUUUCAAACGGUGAAAAAUGUUCCAGUUCUAAUAAAAAAGAUGAAAAUUAUCAGUUGCAUGUAUUUUUAGGUUGCGAUUAUACGUUGGAUAAAAAUCAAUCACGCGUAACGUCAUAUGCUCCUGAUGCAUGUUCAUUUUACAUAACCUUUGAAACGCCGUUGGCCUGUUUGCCAGAACCGGACAGUGUUAAAGGCAACAUUUGUAAUGUGCACGACAGCAGCACGGGUCACACAUUCGACCUUAUGCCACUAAGUGAUAAUAAUUAUAGAACCCUUGAUCGCCAGGGCAAUGUUUUUGUAAUAAAUAUUUGCAAGCCAGUGUUGUACGGUGAAAAUGCCAUGUGUCCAGCAGACAGUAGUGUGUGCUUUUUGAAACUGAAAGAAAUAGACUAUAAAAACAAAUUUAUUAAUUAUGGUACAGCCCAACCUAAACCAGUAUUAGAAAAUGGAAAUUUAAUAAUGCGCCACAUUUCGCCGACACCCUGCAACGCUACAACGAAUUAUUCAUCAACUAUUUAUUUCUAUUGUGAUAAAGAUGUGAAGAAUGCCCAUCCAGAAUUAAUGGGUCUACAUGGUUGUUCAUAUGAAUUUUCAUUCGUUACUCCGUUGGCCUGCAAUGAUUUACCUCCAUGUACUGUCAUUACACAUGACAACGAAAUCAUAAAUAUGAGUUCGUUAAUGGAUAAACCAUUUAAAUUGCAACAGGAUAAUCAGAAUUAUAUAUUCUCAGUAUGUUCAUCGGCAGGUAAUCCUUGCAUGGAAAAUGAUGGAGCUUGUCUAUUUAAUAAUCAAUCGAAUGGUAUGGGUAUUUUCAACACAAAUUUGCGUAUCAAUCAAAUUGGCGCUCCGUAUUUGUUGUAUGAGAAUGGCGUCAUUUGCAAUGAUAAAGAAAAUACAAAAUGGUCAACAAAAAUUGAAUUUGUCUGUGCCAACAAUGGCAGCAAAGGUGGUGGUGGCAAAACUGCCAGUAACAAUAACAAUAGCAACAGUAUGGGUCCAAAAAUAAUUGAAAAUUCCCAUUGUCAACUCUUAAUACACUAUCAAACUGAGUUGGCCUGCCAAGAACAAAUCGAAUGCAAAGCCAAAGUAUAUGUAGAACACUCGGAAGAUGUGUCCGAUAUGGAGGUAAUCGAUUUAACACCACUGAUAAAUACAACCGAUAACUAUGAAGCUGAAAUAGACUCAACUGGAAUUACUGCACAACAAGUGCCCAAAUCGACUAAGUUUUUCUUAAAUGUUUGCCGCCCAUUAGUGCCUAAAAAUGGUUUAGGUUGUGCAGGUGGUACAGCCGUAUGUAUGGGCAAAAUUGAUAGUAAUACCGGUAAGCUGGAAGAAGAACAGAGUCUUGGCUUUCCUUUGGCCUCUUUAGUGGCAGUUAAUCGCACAAAUGCCCAAUUGCGUUAUUUAUUGGGUGAUCCUUGUCCCGAAGACAACAAAAUGCGAUUGUCAUCAAGAAUUGAAUUUUACUGUGAUAUGCGUGCUGGCCGGGGUACACCAAAAUUGCGUAAGUUCGCUGACUGUCAUUAUGAAUUCACAUGGGCAACGAAUGUUAUUUGUCCACCGCACAUGUGCGAUUUCGAUGAGAAAUCAUGUGAAAUUAAAAAUUCUGAACUGGGUGUCAGCUACAAUUUGAAGAAGGCAACCUUUGCCAAUGAGGGUAAAAUAAAGAUUUCAAAGGAUAAACAUGAAUUUACUUUAGACUUCUGUGAUGCAAAUACAGUACACAAGGCUGUUACAGAUUACAGCCAGGGAUUGGUGAAUCUAUUUUUCAUCACUAAUGGUUCUUGCAAUUCAUAUGGAGUUAUCAACGUACAAAUGCGUUUAAUUUGUAGCAGCUCUACGGAAAAUUCAACAUCCUUUAGUGAGUGCAAUCUCUUGUACAUACAAAAAUCACCUGAAAUUUGUGAAUUUCUGGGUCUAGCGAAACCUCCACUAACAGCAUCAACUACCACCACCACAACAACUACUGAAUUAUCUUCGACAACUGAAGCCAAUAAAAAACCAAAUACAAAUGGUGAUUCCAGUAAUAAACAUCCUGCUGAGAGAACAGGAUCUAUAGGAACAAUAUUGGCUACAAUAUUAUCUGUUACAUUCUUUGUGGCCUGUCUGGGAAUGUUUGCAUUUUCACCAGAACGUCGUAAUCGUGUAAGACGUUUAUUUAAUAGAACAGCUAUGUCGGUAUUAUACAGAAGGGUACCCAAUAGCGAGGAAGGUAAUUUAUUACUUAAUCCCAAUGGUGAAUUUACAGAAUCGGAUGACGAAGAUAUGCUGCUUUAAGAGCCAAGUAAAAAUCUGCCAAAAGAAACCUGUAACAAAAGUUUGAAAUAUGACCUUAAACUCCUCUUGCUGAUUAUCUGCCUCUCUACACUGAUUCCAGGAAAGAGGAAUUAUAAAAACAAAAAAUUUAUGUAUUUUUCUAAUAAAUUUUACUAAAUGCUAAGCUUAAAACUAUGAUAAGAACUACAAUAGCUUGUGAACUGAUUUUAAAAUUAUAUUAAAAAACAAGACAAGAUAUUAUGUAAAAAAACCAACUAGCUAAAAAAAACUAUACAACACCAAAGAUUUAUUUAUAUGUAUAUUUAAAUAUAAAAUUAACAAAAAAAAAAAUUAAAUAGAGACAAAUCUAUUUAAAAGAAAGAUAACAAAAACACAAUUUUAUAUACAUUAAAUAUUUAUACUUUUUUUUGAAAUGUUAAAAAAACAAAAAAACGUAUUAAAUGGAUCUUAUUGUAUGUCUAUGAAAUGCAAACAUUUUUAAAAAGAUCAUUUAAUAAAAGAUUUUAAAUUGAUGAUAGAAUAUAUAAAUAAAUAAUCAAGAUGUGGUGGUUAAAAUUUAAUUGUUUAAUGUGCUAUAUUUAAACAAAUUAUAUUUAUAUGUGUACUAUAUAUAACCAGCUUUUAAUCUUUAUGUAUAUUAUGUAAAUAUAAUUUUAUUGUGUUAUUGUCAUAAUAUUUUAUUUAAUAUAUUUACCAAUUAUUUUAAAUGUAUUAUGUUUUUAAAUUAAAAUUUAAAACUGUACUUAAAUAGACUUGAUUUGUACUUAAAUUUUAUUUGAGUUUUUAAUAAAAACACAUGUUAUUACUACUUUCUGAUAUUUAAAAAUACAUAAA